CAAUCCUUUUUCCGGCGAUCUUCGGAUUCUCUCCGACGACAUUUAUGCUCCAAUCAUUUUGGUUUCUACAACAACUUGGAUGGGUGGGUCUCAUUACGCAUUUUAUGCCCCUAAAGUUGCAAAGUGUUUUGUGAAUUUUUUGGCUGGUUCCCAUUCCUGGAAUAUUUAGAGGGUUAGGGAGUAUUUUGUGGAUUUUGGGCAGGUUGGGCAUACAACCGUGUUCGCAGGAGGCAAUCUUAGGCCUCUCCCACACUCGUGUUUACUCUGUUUUAUCUCACUUUUGCUAUGGUAUUAGUUUUGGUCAUGCACAGUUGAUCCAGAUUCCAGACCCAAAUGGUAGGGAGACGCAUUUUCCGACUUCAUCUCUAUUGGAGGUAUCUAGCCGACCUUUUCGGCAUUUUUGUUUUGAAUUUGCACAAUUCGCAGAUGUUUCUUGAGUCGUUUUGAAUUUGCACAAUUCCUAGUGGAAUGUUAUUCAUGAGAAUCCAUUCCAGCCAAUUUUGAUUUCAAUUCUAAUUGUAGACUAGACCAAGUAGGUAAAGGAAAUAGAUCAUUCCGAUUCUAAUUCCAAAAAUUUGAUUCCAACUAUGAGCCAAAUAGACCCUAAGUUUGUUUAAAUACUCAAUGGACAUGGACAUCCAUCAACAAUUGUAUAUCUAUAUUAUGCAGGCACAACGUUUAUGAUUCCUCUUGAUUGGUGAAAAAUCAUUUAGAUAUCAUAUCUUUUCGAUAUCAUAGUCGAACCUACAUCGAGUGUAAAAGCAUGAUAUCAAGAAUUUUAGCUAGGUUCUUAAAUUUUGAACGCAAAUCAAUGAAAGGGGUCUACUUGUAUAAUUUACGUAAAAUAUCAAACGAGGAAUUUGGAGAUGUCAAAGUGGUUAAAUCAUUUGUGAAAAAACAUUCCCACUUGAUGUAUCAUUCAUGAUGGUCUAUAAAAGUUUUUCUUUUUUUAUUUGUGUUUUCGUUUUGCUUUUUUGCUUUCUUAAAUCUCGUGCCAAAAAGCAGAUCCUUAAUAAGAGUCUAGAUCACCUGUCAACAAAAUACAUUCCAACCCUCUAUCAACAUGACUUCAGACCACACAUCUCAUACAUAGUGGGUCCCACUUUUAUGAUGGAUCUCAGUCUCAUGGAGAGAUGUAGGAUGUUAGAUAAGUUGAUAGAGGGUUGGAAUGUAUUUUGUUGGUAGAAGAUCCUAAUUCCUAUAAGAUUAUGUUUGGUUUAAAGGAAAAUGUAACGAAAUGAAGGAAAAAAUAGAGAAACCCAUACAAAGUUUAUAAAAGUUUUCCUAUCUUUCUUUUCCUUUCCCUACAUUUUCCUUCAAACCAAACACAACUUUAGUGAGCUAUGAAUCCAGUUCAUGGGUUAUUCAAUGACAGAGACUAUUCUAAUUGGAUCACUGCUUGACCCGAAUAGAAAACCCGGUCCCAUAUGUUAACGUCGUUUUUAAACGUUGGAGCCUGUCAAACUACACGUCUCCCUCUCUCCCCAUCUCUCUCGUUCGUCCCAUUAGAAUUUAGAGGAUGCCCCAGAGAACACUCUCGUUCGACCCAUCAGAACGCAGAAGAGUAGCGCUCUGUGAGGAAACAAUCCGGAUUCCACUGCGAAACCACGCAAAAGUAUUCAACCUCUCCUCAGAACAAAUCACACUACAUACAUGGUGGGACCCAUUCCUCCAAUUAUGUCCGUCUUCUCUCUCUCCUUAACAAUUCGUAUGGCAGUUGUUCGGUAAUAUUCCUCCUCCUUCCCCCACACUAGCCUUCAUCUCUCUCUCUCUCUCAAUCUGGAGUCUGGACUAUGGAGUAAGGACUGGUUCUUUUGCUUCUUUUUUCUCCCUUCUCUUUGUUGUCUCUCUUUCACACAGAGACCCACCAAUCUGCAACAGAAACAGCUGAGUAUCUGUUUUAAUGUUUAGAUAUAAAAUUGAUAGAUAGAUAGAUAGAUAUAAGAAGAGGGAAAGAACGAGUGGGGUCGAGAGAUCAUGACAGAAGGAGAGUCAGAUACAACGUUGGAGUAUACACCAACGUGGGUGGUGGCGUCUGUUUGCAUUGUUAUUGUCGCAAUUUCUCUUGCUGUUGAGCGGAUCAUUCACUUCAUUGGAAAGUACUUGAAGAAGAAGAACCAGAAACCUCUCUUUGAAGCCUUGCUGAAAGUUAAAGAAGAGUUGAUGCUUUUGGGGUUCAUAUCCCUUCUCCUGACUGUGCUUCAAGAGAGGAUUGGUAAAAUUUGUAUCUCCAAAGAUUUAGCCCGUCAUAUGCUUCCUUGUAAGCUUCAUGAAAUGUCAUCCACGGAACAUUAUCAAAGUAUCUCAACUCCUUUCAUAUCUGGGAUUGGAAGGCGCCUGCUUACCUCAGGAGCCGGUUCUGGUUACUGUUUGAAGAAGGAGAAGGUCCCAUUGUUAUCUAUCACUGCAUUGCAUCAUCUUCAUAUCUUUAUCUUUGUCUUAGCAAUUGUCCACGUGACUUUCUGUGUUCUCACCAUUGUUUUUGGGGGAGCAAAGAUCCGUAAAUGGAAGCGUUGGGAGGAAUCUAUUGAAGAAGAUACAUAUAAUACAGAGGAAGGUAUGAUGACAAAGUUCACUGUUGUCCAUGAGCAUUCAUUUAUCAAGAGUCGUUUUCAGGGUAUUGGGAAAGACUCAACUAUUCUAAGAUGGUUGCAUUCAUUUUUCAAGCAAUUUUAUGGUUCUGUGAGCCAAUCAGAUUACAUCACACUGCGACUGGGUUUCAUUGAUACUCAUUGCAGGAAAAACCCAAAGUUUAAUUUUCACAAAUAUUUGAUACGCUGCCUUGAAGUAGAUUUUAAGAAAGUUGUUGGUAUAAGAUGGUAUCUUUGGUUAUUUGUCUUUAUUUUCUUGUUGCUGAAUGUACAUGGUUGGAAUACAUAUUUUUGGUUAGCGUUCAUUCCCUUUAUUCUUCUACUUGUGGUGGGCACAAAGCUUGAAUAUGUGAUUACUCAGUUGGCCCAUAAAGUUGCUGAGAAACACUAUGCAAUAGAAGGAGAUUUGGUUGUUACACCUUCAGAUGAUCUCUUCUGGUUUCGUAAACCCAAGAUUGUCCUGCUGUUAAUUCAUUUAAUACUAUUCCAAAACUCUUUUGAGAUUGCACUUUUCUUCUGGAUAUGGGGGUUUCGUUCAGGUACUGUGCAGCUACAGCACACUACCACUUUAUGCCAUUGUCACACAGAUGGGAAGUCACUACAAAAUGGCUAUAUUUGAAGAGCAUAUACAGCAUACCCUUCUUAACUGGGCUGAGAAGGCAAAGAGAAAACAGAGAGUAGCUCCUGAUCUCUCUACCGGUAAGCCUACUGAGGGAGUU